AUGUACGCCGUAACACCGAGUAUCUCCGUGUUAGGAAUCAUCGGCAACGUGCUUAGUAUCAUGAUACUACUGAAGCACGGCUUGGUCAAAAGCUCCAACAUUUUGUUGUUUACUUUGGCAGUAGCUGAUAUCAUAUAUCUUGUCUCGUUCAACAACGUCCCGAAAAUCAUUUACGAAACGUCGGACGAGAUUGGCUUUCGGGGAUUUUCGGAAACCACAAGUUCCGUUCUUGUGGUCGUCUACUCCGUCUUCUUGACAUCGGACUUUUCCUCCAGUCUCGUCUCGCUGACGAUGCCCAUGCUGAUAACGCUGGAGAGGAUGGUCGCUAUUUUCAUCCCUAUGAAAUGUUCCCGUAUCGUGACUCCGAAGAGAACGUGGGCUGCAGUUGUGGUAGUGGUGCUCUACUCACUGGCUCUCUUCGUGUACCCCAACUUUUGGUACCAGCUCCGCUUCGAAUGGCACGCAGACUUAAAUGCGUCCAUCGGUUACAGAGAUUUCUCCCCUUUGCACACGAGGGACGCUGUGGUCGUGAGGGUCAUCGAAGAUAUGUGCGUUUACUCCAUCAGCGUGAUCCCUCCUUUGUUUACGGUCGCGGGCUGCAUCGUCAUCUCGGUCAAGGUCAAACUUGUGUCGAUCCAACGGAAAAAGAUGACGUCAAAGGAAGUGUCCUCCAACAGAACUACGAAGAUGCUGCUGGCAGUUUGUGCUGUCUACACAGUGACCUGCGCCAUCUUGACCGUCCCCAUUAACGUGCCGGUCAUUUCAUAUGGUCCCUUUUCUGAGACACACCCAUCUAACAUCGCCAUCGUCAUGUACCAGGUGAUGAACAUCUUUAUCUGUAUCAACAGUUCAUGUAACUUUAUCAUCUACGUCGGACUCAACAAAAACUUUAGGAAAACUUUCAAAGAACUUUUUACCUGUAAG